AUGAACUCUAUGAGGGAUCCAUUAAACACAGACCACCACCACCACCACCACCACCACGUAACGGGGAAUAAACUUGCCUCCACGCACCACACGGCUCUGUCGAUGGCCUCCACUUUGCAGCCGCUGCAGCGGUCUGUGGACUCUAAACACCGGUCAGAGGUGCACACGGUGUCGGACACCUCCAGUCCGGAGUCUGUCGAAAAAGAAAAGAACCAAAAUAAAAACGACGACUCCUCAGACGACCCUUCUAAAAAGAAGCGUCAGCGGCGGCAGAGGACUCACUUCACCAGCCAGCAGCUGCAGGAACUGGAGGCCACUUUCCAGCGGAAUCGCUACCCGGACAUGAGCACGAGGGAGGAGAUAGCCGUGUGGACCAACCUCACAGAGGCCCGGGUCAGGGUUUGGUUCAAGAACCGGCGAGCCAAGUGGAGGAAACGGGAAAGAAACCAACAAGCCGAGCUCUGCAAAAGCGGCUUCGGCCCGCAGUUCAACGGACUCAUGCAGCCCUACGAAGACAUGUACCCCAGCUACACGUACAACAACUGGGCCGCCAAGGGCCUCACGUCGGCCUCGUUGUCCACCAAAAGCUUCCCUUUCUUCAACUCCAUGAAUGUCAACCCUUUGUCCUCGCAGACCAUGUUCUCGCCGUCCAACUCCAUAUCCUCCAUGACUUCCAGCAUGGUGCCAUCGUCGGUCACCGGCGUGCCGGGCUCCAGCCUCAACAGCCUCAAUAACUUGAACAACCUCAGUAACCCGUCUCUCAACUCGGGGGUGCCCACCUCGGCGUGCCCCUACGCGCCUCCGACCCCUCCCUACGUGUACAGGGACACUUGUAACUCCAGCCUGGCCAGCCUGAGACUGAAAGCCAAGCAGCACUCGAGUUUUGGAUACGUGCAGAAUCCGGCCACUAAUCUGAGCGCUUGCCAAUAUGCCGUGGACAGACCAGUCUAA